UUCAGAGCUUCAUUUUCGUUUACAAUAUUAAUAUAAUUUCGUAUUAGUGCUUCGUUGUGAACAAUUUCUAAGUAUUUAUUACAAGUUAGCGGAUUUUACAAAUUACUUCACUAUUGAAUAGAGCAGUAAAGAGUAGAUACACAACUUGCAGUAAGUUUAUUAGUAGGCGCUUACAACUUGGAUAUUAUUGAUAAUCUCACUUGCAUCCCACAGUAAUUCACGCUUCCACAAUGGCACGCCGAGAGAAAACAGUAGAAAUAAACUAUAUCGACACCGAAUUUUCUUCCGGGGACUGCAAACAGAUGAGAACGAAACACUACCAGGAGGAGAACAACAACGUAGUUGAUGAAUUGUCCAAGGAAUUGUCCGAAAUGGGGUGUAUCGUAGACGCAGCGAAAAGACCCCCUAAUAUCUGCGUCGAAACUUGCGUCUACGAGGAAUCGGAGUCCGAAAAUGAAAAAACUGAGGUCUAUAACGAAGAGGAUGCGUACUCCGACGAAUUUGAGGAGGAUAAAAGUGAGGAAGAGGAAUCUGUGAAGUCUUUACCCAAGUCUGUGAUGAGUGACACAAGCAGAGAGCCCACCAAUAGGUCUUCCAUGAAGUUAACCAAAAGUCAGUCUUCUAUAGCUAGUCAUAACAAGCCACCAGGGUCUGUGUCGGGAAGAUCUACCAGUUUUGGAUCAGUAUCUGGCCUAAAAACACGUCGUAUCAACAUGUCUUUCACGAAUGAGCGCCUUCGAGAGAUUGAGAGGCAUAACCACAUACUUCUGACGAAGAUCCUCAGUGCCAGGAACACGAGGAAGUGCUCCAUUCCAUCUCGGGAGCAGGAGGCUCGGAAACCUGUACCCUCGGCUGCAGUCUGCCGCAAGAACCAACAGAGACAGAUUGACCAUGAUAACAUGAUUCUUCUCAAAAAGAUCCAGCGCGCGAAAUCAUCAGCCUGCAGCAUCCGCCGUUGAUACAGAAGAGGCGUCCGAUGCGCGGGCGCACGUUUAUGCCAAUGUUGUUCAAUGUUACACUUUACGCUACGAGUGAUGUUACUGUUAAUAAAUUUAUUAUACGAA